GCGCUGGCAGGGACUACGGAAACCGGAGAACUGAGUAAAAGUGUCCGUUUGAACUAGUGGGCACCUGGCUCUGCUCGUAGCAGGCCGUCCCUCCGGGAUGGAUUUCUCAAGGUUCCUCGCUGAUGACUUUGAGGUGAAGGAUUGGGUGAAUGCUGCUUUCAAAUCCGUACAGAAGGAUGCUGCAGGGAAGGUGGACGCACAAGCGGCGACUCUGGUUAUGAAACUCCAGCUCUUCAUCCAGGAGGUCAACAACUCAGUGGAAGAGAGCAGCCAUCAGGCCCUGCAGAACAUGCCGCGAGUGUUACGUGACGUGGAGGCUCUCCGGCAGGAAGCAGCUUUUUUGAAGGAGCAGAUGAUUCUUGUGAAGGAGGACAUCAAGAAGUUUGAGCAGGACACUGCACAGUCUAUGCAGGUCCUUGUGGAGAUGGAUAAAGUGAAGUCGCGGAUGCAGUUGGCCGCGGAAUCCCUUCAAGAAGCUGACAAGUGGAGUACUCUCAGUGCAGACAUCGAAGAGACCUUUAAGACUCAGAACAUAACUGUGAUUUCUGAGAAGCUGACCAGUAUGCAGGUGAGCCUCACUAUGCUGGUGGACACCCCAGAUUACUCCGAAAAAUGUGUCUACCUGGAGGCCCUGAAGAAUCGAUUGGAAGCCAUGUGCAGCCCCCAGAUAGUUGCAGCUUUAAAUAGCCAAUCCACAGACCAGGCAAAAAUGUUUGUGAAGGUUUUUAGUGAGAUUGACCGGAUGCCGCAGCUGCUGGCGUACUACUACAAGUGCCACAAGGUUCAGCUGGUAUCAGCGUGGCAGGAACUUUGUCAGAGCGAGAUGUCCCUGGAUCGGCAGCUGACGGAGUUUUAUGACACCUUGCUCAGUGCAUGGCACACGCAGCUUCAGUGGGUCUCGCAGAUUUUUAAGAAGCCUCAUGAAGUGGUGACUGUUCUGCUGAUACAGACCCUCGCCGCCAUGGUGCCAUCCAUCCCCGUCUGUCUAAGCUCCGCCAUGGAGAGGACGAGUCCCGAGCAUAAGCUCAGCACCUUGCUGGAGCUUUUCCAGGCCACCGGUCACUUUGCUAAGGCUCUGGAAGCUGCCAUCAUGCCCCGUAUCGGGGAGCACAACAUCGUGAAGGUGAUGGAGCUCGUUGAGGCCGUGUAUGGAGCGUACAAACCUUUCCAGCUGCGGUACGGGAACCUGGAGGAGUCACACCUUCUAAUACAGCUGAGCGCCAUACCACUGGAACACGGCGAGGCCCUAGACUGUGUCCAGGAGCUCUCGCACUCGGUGUCUCGGCUGUUCAGCCUGGCGUCGAGCGCAGUGGAGCGAUGCAUCAAACUGACCGAUGGCCUGGGGGUGUGCGGCCUGCUGCAAGCACUGCAGUCUCUGUUCAAAAAAUAUGUGUCCGAUUUCACAAACACGCUGCAGUCAAUAAGGAAGAAAUACAAACUGGACAACGUCCCUGCGGAUGCCUUCUUCUUGGAGGAUUGGACGGCCUUCCAGCAUUCAGUCAGGAUCAUCGCCACGUGUGGAGAAUUGUUACGGCAGUGUGGCGACUUUGAGCAGCAGCUGGCAAGCCGGAUCCUGUCCACAGCCGGUAAGCAUUUAUCCGAGUCCUACAGCCCCCGCAGCCUCACCGGCAUACAGGAAGGAACCGCCACCGAGCGCAAGAGUUGCAAAAACCCCUGGCAGGAAUACAACUACCUCCAGAAGGGCGACCCGGCCGAGUAUGCCGGUCUGAUGGAGACAUUGUAUAUGUUAAAGGAGAAAGGAGCAGUCAAUGCUAACCUCCUGUCAGCUGCCCGCACCGAUCUCACCCGCCAGAACCAGGUGGCCUAUCAGCUGGCAUUUGAUUCUGUCUUCCUAAGGAUAAAACAGCAACUGCUAUUGGUACCCAAGAUGGAGAGUUGGGGAUAUGAAGACAAGGGGGAAACCUUGACGGAAGAUUUGCCGACAUUCAGCCUCACUCCUCUGGAGUACAUCAGUAAUAUCGGUCAGUACCUCAUGUCCCUCCCUCUGCAUCUCGAGCCCUUUGUAACCCCAGAAGAUUCGUCUCUGGAGCUUGCACUGCAUGCCGGGAAGCUGCCUUAUCCUCCUGAACAAGGGGAAGAGACCCCAGAACUGGACAACAUGGCUGAUUAUUGGCUGGGAUCGCUAGCCAGAGCCACCAUGCAGACUUACUGUGAUGUCAUCCUACAGAUCCCAGUCCUCACGCUGCACGCCGGCAAGCAGCUGGCAACCGAUAUAGAUUAUUUGACCAAUGUCAUGGACGCACUGGGCCUGCAGCCCACCCGCACUUUACAGACAAUCGUCUCCCUGGUCAAGAUCAAACCUGAAGACUUCAGACAAGCGGCAAAAUCCUUACCCAGGAAAAUCUCCUCCUCCAUUGCCGCCAUGAGAAACAUUGAGUACUAAUCAACCUGGCCUCCAAAGUAGCAUGGACGCUCUUUACCUAUGUGGUGGCAGAUCAGGAUCCACUCAUUCCGGCGAGAUCUAAGAGAUGGGGAGUCUGUUCAGAACAGGUACUCAUGGAGUUAAAGGACUGCGGUGGCGUAACGUGUCCUUGUAUCCUGUAAACUUUACUGCCAAAUAUAAAGAAAAAGGAAUAUA